AUGUUCCGCUGCUCUACAUCUCGCUCUGCGUUACACCGGAUAGCCGCUGCGCUACACCCAACUACUCGUGAUGAACCAACCCUCCACGAAAAGAAAAGUCCUUAUCAUGAGGAGAGUUCGCCCUGCACAGGGGACGACAACCACCAACCUGCGCCGUUCCGUUGCGCACAGGAGCAAUUUGACUCUGGCGCGAGCACUCCUACAGUCACAGAUCAUGGCACGCCGAAACUCGACACCGCCAGCAUUGAUAUCCCAGACGGAGGCUUGGACGCGUGGUUGACAGUCGUUGGAGGAUGGCUCUUUACCUUUUGUACCUUCGGUUAUGCCAGUUCCUUCGGUGUCUAUCAAGACUACUAUAAGGCGACGGGUAAGAACUCCUCGUCUGACAUCAGCUGGAUAGGCUCUUUGCAGCUUGCGUUCAUGUUCUUUACCGGCCUGCCUGCUGGCCAGCUGUUCGAUAUGGGAUAUUUUCGCUAUACAUCAAUCAUCGGCACUCUUUUGUAUUCAUUCUGCAUUUUCAUGCUGUCCCUCGCUGAUACGAACCGUUAUUAUGAACUUGUGCUGUCUCAAGGGAUCGGCAUGGGAUUGGGCGGCGGGCUUCUCCUCGUGCCUGCCCUUUCUGUACAAGCGCAUCACUGGCGAAAACGACGAGCGUUUGCGAUGGGAAUUGCACUGACUGGUGAGUGUACCUCAGUGGGGGGUAUCAUAUAUCCCAUCAUGCUCAACAAGUUGUUUUACAGUUCAGUGGGCUAUGCUUGGGGCGUCCGGGCUUCCGCGUUCCUGACGCUCGGCUUGCUCACCAUUGCAAAUUUUAUCACCAAGACGCGAUUACCCAGUGCAAAGGACCGUCCCAAGCAGCAUGUCAGUUUUAAGUUGUUGAAGGAGCUUGGCGGAGACGUGCCGUACAUGUUGGCAGUGGGAGGGGCAUUUCUAGUGCUGUGGGGACUCUUCUUUCCAUAUUUCUACUUGCAAGUAUGGGGAAAUAGUCACGGCCUUUCAAAGACGCUCGAUUUCUACACCCUUGCGAUUCUGAAUGCAGCGUCUAUCUUUGGGCGAACGAUCCCGAAUCUGCUUGCUGAUAUCUUUGGUAUCUUCAAUCUGGGGGUUCCCUUUGCGUUUAUCAGCAGCGCGCUCAUCUUUGCAAUGUUUGGAAUGAAGAGCAAUGGCGCUGAAAUUGCGUUCUCUAUCUUGUACGGUUUUUGGUCAGGAGGAUACAUCGCACUGUUUCCACCGAUGAUGGCCGGCUUCUCGAGAAAUAUGGAGGAAGUAGGGUGCGUAAUAGGCGUUGCUUACUUUCUGUGUGCCUUCGCGUUGUUGACAGGAACACCUAUCACCGGUGCAUUGUUAGGCCCUAGCGACCAUUGGGCUAAACCCAUUGUCUUCAGCGGAGUACGCGCAUCGUGUAUGUUGCACAAAGUUAUGUACUUAUCUUUAUGUUGUAGGUUGUAUGCCUCGCAGGCUCAUGCGUACUGCUCUUCUCUCGACAUCUGCUGGCAAUCCGCAAGGAUACCUGGCGUUUAUGAGUCCCUGGUCCGGUGAACCUCGUACACCAGGCCGCUCUCCAUUCUCCUCUUCGAACUUCGAUGACAACUUGUGAUGCACACAAGUGACGUGCUUCGUUUCUGGCAAGUCAUUGUUCGGACGUAGAGGUUUGCCGUCGGGGCAGACCACAUUGACGAUUUUGGGUUUCGGUCUUGCUACUGUAACCACGGAUAUAGUUUAUUUCUGGCUAUCGCACAUUGUCUGCAUCAUAAUUGUCUCGACUCCGUUGCUAUCCCGUAGUGUAGAUGCAUACCGAGAUCGUGUAGAUCCCUCGUUUAGAUACCGUAGAUUCUCCCUCUCUGUAAAGCUGUACUUACUCAUGAUCUGGAAAUGGAACUUCCUCGUCCAAGCUCAAUCGGUUUGAGAUUGGAUGG